UCAUUCCGUUCUCCCUGUGCUUAUUGUAUUUUCGAUCCUAUGAUGGUGACUUCUCUGUUGUCAUUCUUGUAAAGGAACCUGCUCUUGAUAUCUCUCUGUUGACUAAAGCUUUACAUUUCCCUCCAGAGGACAUGGAUUGACACUGGAGGACUUUGGAGUGCAAUGGUAGGCUGACAACAGCAUGUCUGAAGCCGCCAAUGCCAGCCACCUGCACCAGCUGAGUGUCACAGCUGUCAGUGGGGAGUUGUCGGCUUUAAGUAGUCUCUUUAACAAGCCGUCAGCGUAUGUGGAACUCCUGGUGGAUGGUGUGCACCAGAAAAAGACCCAACAUGUCAAACACAAUACACAUCCAAAAUGGCACGAAACAUUCACAGUAUUGGUGACAAAAGACUCCGUACUGGUCUUCCGUGUGAGUGACCACCACACCUUAGUGAGAGAUUCUGUCAUAGGGGAAGCUACCCUAAAGCUUGCGGAUGUGGUUGCCGCCAAUGAUGGGAAGAAGAGCUCCACUCACACACUGCCGCUGACUCAGCCCACUAAUUGUGUUGUGCCAGCUACUUCCCAGCCUCCUACUAUCACAGUCACCCUAGAUGGCUUGAAUAUUUUAACCCAGGGAGGCGCUAGACAAAGGGAAGUCAACUAUAACCUUCCAACUGUUGUGAAUGUGAGUGGUGGGAAUGUCAGUGGAAGCAAUACAGUCACAGUUCGAGUUGGUGGCAAAACUCCGCCACCUGUACCCCCUCCACCCAAGCUGAUCCAGUCUGAUGCCCAUUCAGGAGCAGCCUUGCCUGCCAUUAUGUCAGCAAGUGGCAGCCAGUCCAACUCUGGCACAACUAUCACCCAUACCUCACACACGUCUGCAACACACAGCCCCAUCCCGUCUCUUCCUUCCAUUAAUAGUGAUGGCCAGGCUGCCUCGUCCCAUCCAAGCGCCCGGGCUAGGAAGAGCGUGGGCAAUGGGUCUGCCGUUGUGGUAUUAGGUGGAGAGAGUCCCACUGACAGUUCAGGAAACCAGAAUGGGAGACCCAAUGGUGCAGAAUCUAUAGCUCCCCCUGUGCCAGGGAAUGUGUCUCCCCAGGCUAAUCAUCAGCCUAAUCCACCACAAGUUGCCAGCAAUGCCACCAAUGGAAAACUUCCUACCAAUGGCACCCCACAGCACUCUGCUUCCUCUGCUGCUGCACCAAAACCACCUGGGCUUGCCCCAAGACCUGCAAAUCGUCAUCACAGAGCCCAUAAAAAUAAACGGAACUCAGAUGGUAGCAAUACUCCAGGGAGUGGAAACAGUAAUGGAAGCAGCAGUGGAGCUCCAGCCUCUGCAGGAAACAUUAGCAGCAGUAGUAGUGGUAGCAACUCUGCUCAGCCUGCAACAGUAGGGGUUCAGGAGGAACCCCUUCCCCAUGGAUGGGAGAUGCGUCAUGACCAGUAUGGGCGCCGCUACUACGUAGACCACACAACCCGCUCCACUACAUGGGAGAGACCAAAGCCCUUACCUGCAGGCUGGGAGGCACGUCGCGAUCCAAGGGGGAGAGUUUAUUAUGUCGAUCAUAACACCAGAACGACUACCUGGCAGCGGCCAACAGUAGAACAUAUUAGGCAAUUUGAAGAAUGGCAAGGGGAGCGACAACACAUUGCUCAGCUCAGUGCACAGAGGUUCCUGUAUCCCAACACCAACCAAGAGACUGAGAAUGAUCCUCUGGGCCCACUGCCACCUGGUUGGGAGAAGCGGCAGGAGCCCAAUGGUAGAAUUUACUUUGUCAACCACCGCAACAGAACAACUCAGUGGGAUGAUCCAAGGACACAAGGAAUGGGACUUGAGGAGGAGGCCCUUCCAGCUGGCUGGGAGAUGCGACUCACAGAUGACGGUCGCCAGUACUUUGUGGACCCAGGGAUGCCUUUCUAUGCCAACAGAGGACAGUACGGAAUCCCCGUGGUCUAUGAGAGAUCCUUCAGGUGGAAAUUGGGACAAUUCCGAUACUUGUGUCAAAGUAAUACUGUUGCUGGCCACAUCAAGAUUAGUGUUACCCGGCAGACACUCUUUGAAGAUUCUUUCCACCAAGUGAUGAGACUUCCAGCCUUUGAAUUACGUAGACGUCUCUUCAUCAUCUUUAGAGGAGAGGAGGGUCUCGAUUAUGGUGGUAUUGCAAGAGAGUGGUUCUUCCAGCUCUCCCACGAGGUGCUCAACCCAAUGUACUGCCUAUUUGAAUACGCCAACAAAAACAAUUACUCUCUUCAGAUCAACCCAGCCUCAGAAGUCAACCCUGAUCACUUAACAUAUUUCAAAUUUAUUGGAAGGUUUAUAGCUAUGGCCUUGUAUCAUGGAAAGUUCAUUUAUUCUGGUUUUACCAUGCCUUUCUAUAAGCGAAUGUUGAACAAGAAACUUACCAUGAAGGACCUGGAGUCUAUCGAUCCAGAGUUCUAUAAUUCACUUGUGUGGAUUAGGGAUAACAACAUUGAGGAAUGUUGCCUUGAGAUGACCUUCUGCACUGAUUUUGAAGUUUUGGGGAAGAUAACUGAAGUAGAGUUGAAGCCUGGUGGAAAAGAUAUCCAAGUGACAGAGGAAAAUAAGGAAGAAUAUAUUGACCUCAUGAUGCAGUGGCGUCUCACUCGAGGCCAAGAGGCACAGACAAGGCAUUUCCUGGAAGGGUUUUCGGAAGUGGUGCCGCUGGAGUGGUUGAAGUAUUUUGAUGAACGGGAAUUGGAGUUGUUGCUGUGUGGAAUGCAAGAGAUUGACAUUUGUGAUUGGCAGAAGCAUACUAUAUACCGCCACUAUAACCGAUCUUCAAAACAAAUUAUGUGGUUCUGGCAGUUUGUGAGAGAGAUUGACAAUGAGAAGAGGGCACGUCUGCUACAGUUCGUCACUGGAACAUGCCGUGUACCAGUAGGAGGCUUUGCAGAGCUUAUGGGGAGCAAUGGGCCACAGAAAUUCUGCAUUGAGAAGGUGGGUAAAGAGACAUGGCUUCCUCGGUCCCACACCUGCUUCAAUCGGUUAGACCUCCCACCCUACAAGUCCUAUGAGCAGUUAGUUGAGAAACUCACCUUCGCCAUUGAGGAAACUGAAGGCUUCGGCCAGGAGUAGAAUAUGGGGACCCCCAUCAUCAAUGUUGAGAGAUAAUGGAAAUUAAGGAUUUCAUGUAAGUGAUAGUAUAUCAUAAGGUUUUCUGUUUGAUUGGUUGAUUAUGCAUACAGAAGUAGGGCCAUUCUGGAGUUUAGCAAUUCAAAGAAAACCCAAUAUUGUAUCAAGGUUGUGUUUGUAGUUUUGCUGGCAGUGUUAAAAGGCAUUUGUAAGUAGCUUAGGCCAGUUUUAUGUUAUAUUAUUAAAUAGAUUAGUCAUAAUACACUUAUCUUUGUUAUAUUUUUGGUAAAGAAAUGAUUUAUUGUAAACAGACUACAAGAAAUAGCAUUUUAGGGUUAAGCAGAAGUGAUUUAUAUAUCCAGAGGACAAAAGGUUAAUGAUGUGAGUGUACAAAAAUAAUGUAGGUGACAUACUAUCAUUUUUGUGAAAAAAAAAUAAAAAAUGUAAAAUAAUGGAACUAUAACAAGUUUGUAUUUAACCAUAGUUUGUUUUCAUAAUUUUUGGUUAUUUUUAUGUUAUUUUUGAUGGCUUUUAAUCAUGAUGAUCGUAAUAUUUCCUGAGUGGAUACAAUACGUGUUUUAGUAAAGAAGUGAACAAAUAUAGCAAAGCAAAUUCAC